AUGGGCAUUUUACAUUUUUGGAAAUAUUUCACCACUAGUUCACCGGCGUCAGGUCGUCCACGUAUUCCAUCAGUGGACGCAGUUCGAAAUAUUCAGGAUUUUCUGGCUGCCAAUAGUGAGGAAGGGAAUACUGAGCCGGAAAUGAAUAAGAAACAGGAGAAAAAGGACAAGAAGGAGGAAAGAGGCGAGCCAAAAAAGAAGCUCCUCAAGAAUGAGGAUACACUGACCAUGAAGCAGACUCAGACAGUCCAAGGAAAAGACCAUCGCAGCAACAACCAAGCUGGCAACCUUCUCACGCCAGUUGGAAACAAUCAGCGAAUGAGAAACGGGAACAGAGUCGCAACCUUUGAGGCGUCGGGAAACUUGCCCUCCAUCCCCAGACCGACCUGCCCACCGCCCGCUAUGGCUGCAUCCAUUCCUCGGGCUACUCAGCCACCACCGGGACGUCACUUUGAGCCAGAGCCAACUCGGAGGGAACGUCUCGGUAGUAUUACUUCCAGGUUCCCACAAUUCUGGCGAAGCCUUCAAGAGCAAUCUCAACCACGCCCUCCAAUCACUCGCCUCCCGGGGACCGAUGAGGUGGAUACAGAGGCUACCUUGGAGCCCCUCUGGGAGACCAGGGACAGUAACAACGAAAGGUUUUCCUUCCCCUACAUGGUGGGAUCGCUGAGAGACGUUUUGGAUUCAGAGAAGAAGAAGAAGGAGGAAAAGAGAGGCGGACAGAAGUAG